AGUCAUCGGUCACACUGGCAGCCAGCAGCACAAUAAAUUUUUUGUUUUCUCAACCGAUUGCGACGAAAAUCCCGAUAUCCAGAGCAGAUAAACGAUGCUGCAGCGCUAGGCCGUUAAAUCGAAGUAAAUUGACGUUUCGGGAAAUGUUGGAUACCUUAAGGACCCCGAGAAUCACACGAAAUCAAAAGGCUGCUCACCUGCCAGUGUGUGCGUGUGUACAUGAGUGAGAGUGUGCCGUCGCAGUGUGCGUGUGUUUGUGUAAAAAUGAAAAUCAGUCAAAUUUGUUUGUCGUUCUACGUCUUUUAGGCAUUUAGGCGACCAGCCAGACUUUUACACAUUUCUACAAAUAUUCCAAAACUGGGAGGGAUUAUUCUGGGGCACAUAACACGCCACGCACCACAUACAACACCUGCCCACAUAAGAACGAUCCAACCAGGCAACCAGCCCGCGGAAUAUAAAAUUCAUUUGGAUUCGCAAGGCAUUUGGAACCGCCUGCUAUGCUGUUUCAUCUUCGCUCCUUUGUUCGCCAGAAAACAACGACAAACACCUGCUGAAAACUGUAGAUCGCUAACAACCCAGAGAUCCGAGAACUUCAUUCACAGAAGCAAAAGCCCCAGUCGAAAACAGAAACCCGCUUCAAGAUGGCCAUACCGCCACCACCGGGACCACCGCCGCCGCCAGGACCUCCACCGCCUCCGGCGAUGGGUGGUCUCAAAUUGGGCGGCGGAGGAGGAGGAGGGGCAGACAUGCGAUCCGCCCUGCUCAGCUCGAUCCAGAAGGGAACCAAGCUGAAGAAGACCACCACGGUGGACAAGAGUGGACCGGCGUUGUCUGGCAAGGUUUGUGGGGCAGAUGGCGGCGGAGGAGUUGGCGCCAAGCGGACCCUUAACAACAACAACAACACCAGUACCAGCAACCACAACAAUAGCGGCAGCGGCAACAGCAAUGGCCUUGGCAAUGGAACCCCCAAACUGGGAGGCCUGUUCGAAGGCCUCUCGCAAAUGCCAAAGCUGAAGCCCGUGAACGGCAUUCGCGCAGCACCAUCCAGCGGUUUAGCAGCGGCGACGGCAACAACGACAUCGAGGUCCACAACGAACUCGGCGGCCCAGCAGCGGAGCAACAGCCCGCCGGCCGCGGCGACCGCCUCGAAUGCCAGCAGCGGACCCCUGGACUUCAACACGGAGCUCACCAAGCAUUUAACGCUGAAGCGCCAGAAACAGCAGCAGAAUCAGCCACAGCCGCCGGCAAGCAACACACAUAUCAACGCAACAGAAGCAAAUCUGAGAACAAAUCGGGGACCACCACCACAACCGCCGAAGCCAGCCAGCUCGAGUGAUUCGAUCUUGGAGCGCAUGAACAUCCCCCGCACAGCGCCGACGCCCCCCUUCGCCGCCAGUUCGAGUGUCAAAGCGGCAUCGCCCACGCUCUCGGAUAGCGGCAGCAGCGGGAGUGGAAGCGGUAGUGGGAGUGGAGGUGGAAGCGUCAAGAGCAAGGCGGCCAACCUGAAUAUCUCGUUAGGCAAUAGUUUUGUAAAUAGUUCAAAGACAACCACGAGUGCCUCGACCACGUCGCUGAACUCCAGUCAAACGUCAUCGACGGGAUCGCUGCGCAGUCUGGCGCCCAACAAGUCCACAUUGUUCGGCGGCAGCGGUGGUUCUAGUUCCGGAUCAGUUUCUGGUGGUGGUGGUUAUGCAACCGUGCAGAAGUCCUCACCGCCCUCGACGGCCGACAGCACGCCAUCGGUCACGCCCACACCGCCCAUGAAGCCGGCCAUCAGCUUUGGCAAACCCAAUUUCGCCCCGAAGCCACCGGGUCUGAACCAACUGGCGCUGGCCAACGGACAGCAGCGGCCGGCGGUGACCAGGCACCACAGCAUGAAGUCGCCCAGAUCACCGCCCGCUGCUGGCAGCCUCAACGGUCCCGUGUUCCCCACCCAGCAGCACUUGGGCACCCUGCGUGGCCCACUGCAGUUGCACAGCGGCGAGUCCGGCGGCCACAACACCAGCGCCGGCAGCAUGCGAUGUGCCCCCAACCCGCCAAAGUCUCGCCCAUCGGUUAAACCCCCGCCACCGCCCACGCCGGCCCGCAGCUUCUCCAACAGCAACCUAAACAACAUCGGCGGAUCGGCGCCGUUCAGUGCGGUGAACACGACUCUCGUCCAGAGCUCGGCCAUGACCACGCAGGCCCCGUCGCCGCCCAUCACGCAGCCGCCCUCCUCCUCCAGCAGCAGCAGCAGCGUGGCCGCCCUCCGCGACCAGUUCCGCGGUGGCGCAGCCAUGUCCAAUGGGGCACCAUCGCCACCACUUCCGCCGACGCCCGCGCCCGCCCCCACCUCCAGCUCAUCCUCAGCCACCGCCAGUCCCAAGUCGCUGCUGCGCGACAAUGUCAAACCAAUUAUCCUCAACGGAGGUCCUCUCAAUCCGCCAGCGCCGCCACCGCAUCGCAGCUGCCCACCUCCGCCGCCUCCACAGCGACAGUCGAGCAAUGGUGGCUCCGGAUCGGGAUCAGCGCCAGUGCCACCGCAGCGACACUCCUCCAUUAGGCCCAACGCCCCAUCGACGCCACCCACGCACAUGGCCAACUCUUCGCAUCAGUUUGGCAGCAGCUCGGGAUUGUCGUCGGGAUCCGGUUCAGGUUCGGGAUCAGGAUCGGGAGCAGCAGGAGCUGGAGCAGGGGCCAGCGUGGGUCGCCUGGUCAACGACUUGGAGACGAAGUUUGGCAAGCGAUUCCACAACGUCACCGAGUUUCCCAAGCCGCCGCCGUUUCUAAGCAUACACAAAGUGUAUCCUAGUCGCACGUUUAAGGCCACCAACGCGCCCGGAAACAGCAAUGUGAACAACAACAACACCGCGGUGGCCAGCAACAAUAAUGCGACAACGAAUCCCAAUCCCAAUCCUGGAGGUUCGGGAGGAGGAGCAGCUCCUCCAGUGCUGAAGCCGGCCUAUGCACCACUGAAGAAGCACCGGGCUCCGGCACCACCGCCUCAAGCGGGCGUGGCAGCCGCAACGGUGUCCGUUAUCCGGCAGUCGAGUUUCCUCUACGGCGGAGCAGCAGGUGGUUCCGGUGGCUCCUCUGGCCUACGACCACAAUCCCAGCCGGCGGGUAUCGGACCACGUAACUCCACCGUCUACUGAUCCGAACGAGGCGGCUAAUAAACACAGGCCAGUGUGUUUGAUUUGUAUAUAAGUGUGCAAGUGGAGAGUGUUGUGUUGCGUUGUGUGCGGGUGUGUUAUGUGCCACAGGCAAUUGUUCAAAAGUGCUUAGAAUAAACCGAACAUAAUGGCACACUGAAAAUGCGAAGGAAAAGCUUGUUGAAGUCAAAGGCAGGCUUAAUCAAUAAAAAAAAACCCCAAAAUUCGUUAGCGUCUUCCCAGGCUGCAAUUAAAUAGUUAAAGCAGACAGUGAAUUAUAAACCCCAAUCAAAAAUUGUAUAUAGAACUAGCACCGAGUUAGUGAAAUUAUCAACAGCAUCUAUACCUUUUGUACGCGGGUGUAAAUGAUUGUAUGAUUAAUUUUAGGGGCGCGCCUCUUUGCAUAAAUAUCUUACUAGACUGAACAUGUUAAAAAGCCCAACAGCAACAAUUAAUUAAUGUAAUUAUAUACGAUAUUUAGCAUCGAUUAAUGUACGACUUAAUCCCCUAGAGCAAUACACACACACACACACAAGAGAAAUAUGUUAACAAUGCAUAUUAAUAUUGAAGCACAACCGAGAGCAUUUCAACAAAACUCGCUACAUUCCAUUUUUCGAUUUCUCGAUUUCUUGAGUUCAAUUUGCAAUACGAGAGUUCGUGUGAUAAUCUCCAGAAUAUUAGGGUAUUUAUCUGUCAUCUGUGGUUCGGUAAACGUUUGUUAAACUCUUUUUUGGACGAGAUGACUAUUGGAAGUGGAAUAUAAUACACACACAUUAAUAUUAUUGUUCUUAUUAUUAAAUUCAAUCAUUGUUGUUGGACUUGGUGUCAUUAGAAGUAUUAUUCAGCAAUUGCAUAACAUUUUAUUCCGAGUCAAAACCAUUGCAGUUAUAAAUAAAAUUACAAAGU